GCUCGUUCUAUUAAUUAGCCAGUUACCAUCUGCACUCCCGUCGCGACAGACGCUUUGUUUUUAUAAAGUUUUAAAUUCAUAUUUUAUUGUAUAAAGGGCGAAUAAGAAACUAAAUUAUGAGACGGUGUUGCUGGUUGCUGGAAGCGCUGCUUCUGAUGAGCGUGGUACUGGCGCAGGAUUCAACUGGGUUGACUGACAAAGAUAAGGAGUGGUUGAACCAAAUCUACGGCCCGUUGCUGUCUUCUACGUCCCCUAGCGCCACCACCACUACUACUAUCGCUCCAGAGAACAAGUUUAACGACCCAAAUCUAGAACCGGACUUUAAUGAGUCUGCUGUAUGUACUACGGAUAAGGGGGAAUCCGGUAUCUGCGUUUUAUUGCAGCAGUGCGUUGACGGAGUCAUAGAUAAUACCACACUUAUCGAUUUGAGGAUUGGAUCUUGCCCGAGCUAUUUACAAACAUGCUGCCUGAGAUCAGCGUCUGUGAAGGUCCCUCCGAUACCUCCACUGAACAACGGCUGCGGCUGGAGCAACCCUGGAGCUGGCGUCUUCCGAGACAAGGACGCGGACAAUAUCAACAGAAGGACAUACGCUGAUUACGGAGAGUACCCCUGGAUGGUCGCGUUGUUGAAAGCGUCGGACAGCGCAGAAUGGAAGCAAUCUGAAUACUACGGAGGAGGAGCCAUCAUCCAUCCGUCCGUAGUGAUAACUGCUGCCCACAAAGUGGAUAAGCAUCUUCCCAGCGAGAUUAAAUGUCGCGCGGGCGAGUGGGACACGCGGGCAGUCAUCGAGUUAUAUCCGACACAGGAUAGGGACGUUAAGAAGAUAAUUUACCACGAAGAAUACUACAAAACUCCGGCGGUGAACGACCUUGCUUUAUUAGUAUUAAAGAGUCCGUUUAUACUGGAAGAGGCACCCCACAUUGGGGUAGCGUGCCUCGCGCCGCGCGUGCCGCCGCCCGCCGGCCCCUGCUACAGCAUGGGCUGGGGCAGAGACUUCCUCGAUAACAACAAGAACGCUGUUAUACUCAAAAAGGUGGAGCUAGGUUAUGUGGAACCAGCGUCGUGCCAGGCGUCACUGCGCCGCACGCGACUCGGCCCUCGGUACUCAUUGCACGCCUCUCACCUGUGCGCCGGCGGGCGCCCCGGCGUCGACACCUGCAAGGGAGACGGCGGCUCCUCCCUUGUCUGUCCGAUACCUUCGAACAAUGCUGAAUCGCGGUUCGCGGUAUACGGUCUGGUCGCAUUUGGAGUCGACUGCGGGACAGCUGUCCCCGGCGUCUACGUCAACAUCCCCCGACUCCACUUCUGGGUCGACACAAAGAUGACGGAAGAAGGCUUUGGCACAUCUUCAUACAAAUAUUAAUAAACACUAUGUUUUUUACUCCAAAUUCCAAUUUAUAGAUAAUUUUCAAAGAUUGUACAAUCGCGUAAUUGUGCGGUGUUCAUUAAAACGAGACUAACUACGAUUCUACAUUAAUAUAAAGAGGAAAUAUUUGUAUUUUUGUUAUUGAAAUAACUCAAAAACUACUGGGACUAUUUCAAUAAUUCUUUCACCAAUUAAUAGCUAGUUUAUCACUGAGUAACAUAGACUGUGUUUUUUUACAAUUUUUAUUUCCUUGCGGAUGAAGAUGUAAUACGAUAAUUAGGAAGCAGUGAGUUGCGCAAACGACGGCCUUAAUAAUAAAAAGUAAUUAGCCGAGUAUCAAACUGGUUUCGUACAGACAUUUAAAAACAGCGACCUGUUGGUCAAAACUUAAUCGACUAUGGCCUUUACCAUAAGCUGGAACACCGCUACAUUCCCCAACUGUACUUCUUAGUUUAUGUAAACUUACCUAAGAUUUUGAAAUUAAAAAUUAAAUACUCAAAGUAAAUGUAAUUUGUUAAAAUA